AUGCAACCUCAACCCAAUCAGGGACCUUCACCUGCUCUUACCUCAAGCAACGGUCAAAAUGUCGCCAACCAGCAACAACAGCUCACCGGUCCCAUAGGUAAUGGACAGCAGGGAGGUAUUGGGGUUGGAAACCCUUCUCAGAACAUCCCGGUACCACCAGCUCCACCCAAGCCAGAUAUCACUCCGCCGGCGGAUCUCACUCUCGCCGGUGUGCUCCAUUUCCUUCAAUCCGAAUGGCGCCGAUAUGAGCGCGACCGCAACGAGUGGGAGAUCGAGCGGGCGGAGCUCAGAGCCCGUGUAGCGCUCCUGGAAGGAGAGCGAAGGUCUUUUGACAAUGUAAAACUGGACCUUGUCAGAAGGAUCAAGAUGCUGGAGUAUGCGCUCAAAUCCGAAAGGUCCAAGCAAGCGUCCUCAGUAUCCGCCAUACCUGCUAAUAAGUUGGCGUCUCUUCGAACAUCUGACCCAGCGACGGACUCUGCAUCGUCGUCCUCGGAAGCAGCACCUGCCUCAGCCCCGCCAUCUCCUCGGUCCGAGCCUGACGCCCUGCCUAAUGGUCCAAUCGAUCCCGGGGCAAAGUCUGCAUCAUCUGAGCCCUCCCCACCAAAGAAUUUGAGCGAUUCUAAGAUAUUCUCGACGGCUCAGUUCAGCAAGCCAAGUCUGGCAAAUCUGAAUCUCGGCAACCUCGGCGGGCCACCGCCGGGCAAGGAUCCCAAGUCUCGUGCUCGAUCUCGCGAGUAUUUGAAAGCCUGCUUGCAAGAAGUGAAUUAUCUCACGUCCUCAGCUGCCCUCAAUCCUUUACCGAAUCGCGCACUGGUACCAGCCGCAAUUCCUCCCCCCCUCUCCCAGGCUCCGCCUGUCGAUCCGGCGCUCGGCAGACCAAGACGAAGCCUCAUUGGCCAAAAUGUUCCCCCAGCUAUCCCACAGGCGUCUGUGAUGGGGUCAAUCUCGGCUUAUUCUGCUGUACCCGCUGCAAACACUUCGUCGACAAGACCAGAGCCCCCUCGACUGCCCGAGCUCCCUAAUGGUCUGCUCCC